AUGACUCCGUCCACCACACUCCCACCACGACCAUCUCGGCGUCUCGAUGGAAGAGUCGCCAUCGUCACCGGCGCGGGCAGUCUCGGCGACGGCCUCGGCAACGGCCGCGCCAUAUCUCUCCUUCUCGCCAGCGACGGCGCCACGGUGCUCUGCGCAGACCGGGACUUGCCUUCGGCCAAGCGCACAGUGGAGAUGAUUGUCCAAGAAGGCGGCACGGCGUCUUCGCUAUGCGCCGACGUGAGCUCCGAAGAGGACUGCGAGAGGCUGGUGCGGACGGCGGAAGGCUUCUUUGGGAGACUGGACAUCCUGGUCAACAACGUGGGCAUCAUGGGCGCCAGGGGAACGGCCGUAGAAGCGAGUGCUGAAGAAUGGGCCACCGGCUUGGCCAUCAACGUAACGGCGAUGAUGCUCAUGGCCAAGUAUGCGAUCCCGCUCAUGCGCAAGAAUCAGCCUGGCGACGGCGGCAUCAGGGGCAGCAUCGUCAACAUAGGGUCCAUCGCCGGCUUGCAGGGGGGCACGCCGCAUCUGUUCUAUCCGACGAGCAAAGGUGCCGUCGUCAACAUGUCGCGUGCGAUGGCGUACAACCACGGCCGUGACGGCAUCCGAGUCAACUGUGUGUGCCCAGGAUUUUUGUACACGCCAAUGGUUGCCGGAAGUGGCAUGUCAGACGACGUGCGUGAUCUCCGUCGCAGGCAAGGCCUUUUGAAUACAGAGGGCAAUGCGUGGGACUGUGCGGCAGCCGUCAGGUUUCUGGCCAGCGAUGAGGCGAGAUGGAUUACGGGAACAACCAUUACGGUUGAUGCCGGGGCGACGUGCUCGUACGUCAUGCCUGAGUGA